AGCAUCUCCAUCCGCCGCCAUUACUCCUUGGCCCGUGCCACUUCUCCGGCAGUAAAUGCAGCCGCUGGCGCCGUCCACCCACCACCCUACCACCAGAUCUGGCGCCCCUCGCCGCGACGGGACGAGAAGGAAAGGAAGGAAAAUCACCACGCCACCAUCCACAUUUACUCCCACCCCACAAGGACUUGACUCUAGCUACUCGCUGAUCGACCCACCCCACCCCACCACCCCACACGCUCACACCACCGAUGCCAUUCCUCCACCUCCCCACUGCAAAAUCAUCUCGGCCGUCGGCGCUACCAUCGCCAUGUCGUCCCCGUCCCUCCUCUCCUCGCUCGCCACGCUCGGCCUCGGCUACUCCAUCGCCAUCGCGCUUGGCUUCCUCGUCCUCCUUGCCUCCGUCGUGCUCACGGCCUAUUUCUGCUUCCGAUACGGCGAGCGCGUGGGCGCGGGCGGCCACUUCGCGGGCGCCAUCACGCGGCUCACGCCCACGUCCAGCUCCAGCCACCUCUCCAUCACCGUGCCGCGCGUGCUGUUCGUCGCCGAGGGGUCCGAGUCCCCCGAGGCCUACUCCUCGGCAGCUGCGGCCGCCUCGUCGCCGAUCGGGCUCCACCCCGCUGCCAUCGCGUCGUACCCCAAGGCACCCUUCUCCAGGGCCGCGGGCGGCGACACCAUGUGCUCGAUCUGCCUCUCCGAGUACAUGGACGGCGAGAUGCUACGGCUGAUGCCCGAGUGCAGGCACAGGUUCCACGUCAUGUGCCUCGACGCCUGGCUGCGCAGGAGCGGGUCGUGCCCCGUUUGCAGAUCGUCCCCCAUCCCCACGCCCGUCACCACGCCGCUCGCGACGCCGCUCUCGGAGCUCGUCCCGCUCUCGCAAUACGCCGCUGACCGGCGGCGCAGCAGGUGACGGAUGCUCUACAUUGGUGCACCUCGCUGCUCUUCAUUGUUACUCAUUUUUAGCAGUUUCUUUCUUCUUCUUUUCUGGGUUGAAGGGUUCUGUAAAUUUUGUGGAUUGUUUGAUUGGUAAGGCUACAUAAGGGGUUUUAGGUGCUAGUUCGACUGGUGGCGUACUUAGGAUUUGUAAAUGGUUGCUUGGUUCCCAUUACUAUUACUUCGAGAAAAUUUUGUAAUGUAGAAGUAGAUGAUGGGUUUCUCGGAAAAAAAGUAGACGUUGGAGCAAGGCAUAGUUGUGAAUACAGUGUCGCUGUUUUGCUUUAUUGUGAAAUGGUAUAACUAGUACUGCUAGUAGGACAUAAGGCUUGCUUUGCAUUUCAUUUUUCUAUUGUGAUCAUAUGAUGUGCUCGCUUUAAUUGUAUGAACUCGAUAUCUUGAAGAUUUGUCUAGUGUA